AUGAAUAUUUUUGUGUUUUUUGUGGUUUUAAUGAUAACAAAUUUUAACUUUGCUAAUGGAAGUGAAAACGACGAAAUAAAAAUGCUUCUUGCUCAACUCAUUAAAGUUAUGGGACAAUCAAAUCAAGAACCUUCUCCACCAAAACCAGUUUGUGAUCCAGGAUACAAGCUUGAAAUUUCAGGAGAUGAUUGGAAGUGUUCACCUGAGACACCACCAGAUGCACCAGAAAAUACUUCAAACAUUGCUAGCGAUUGUCCAGCCUGGGAUUGCCCUUCAAACCCAACAUGUAAUCCUGGUUUCCAACUUUUAUCGCUUGGCAGUGGAUGUUGCUGUGUGAAAGAAGAUAUUGCAACGCCUUCCGGACUGUCCACUUCAAUAAGUUUAGAAGAUAGUGGCGAAGAGUCUCCAGGCGAAUCGAACCCGAAUAAAUAA